AUGUGUGGUAUAUUUGCUGUAUGCCAUUAUGAAUGUAGACGUCAAAGUCACCGCGGGCCAGACUUUAGCGGUUACUAUCGUGAGGAGUCCACUGGUGACAUACUUUGCCAUGAACGACUAGCUAUUAUGGAUCUCGGAGUCGUACAACCUAUACAAGGGACGUUCCCUACUCAUCAGGUAAUUCACAACGGUGAAAUUUACAACCAUGCCAAACUGAGACGGAAUGAGUUAAAGGGCAUGACAAUGCGUACAAAUUGUGACUCCGAGGUAAUCAUCUUUCUGUAUGAGAAAAUUCGUGAUGGUUCAAUGUGCAACAUGCUAGACGGAGUUUUCGCUUUUGCACUUUGUUUCGAUGGUCAGUUCAUGGCUGCCAGAGACCCAAUUGGAGUGAAACAGAUGUACUACGGUAUUGACAAACUCGGCCGAUACUUUUUCAGCAAUGAAAUGAAAGCAUUUGAAGAUGUGUGUGGAAGGGACAUUCUUUCCAUUUUUCCACCUGGUCACUUCUUUCAGCCACAUAAAGGAUUUGUAAAAUACUAUCAGCCGGCAUGGGCUAACUAUCGUCUGGCUACACAUGAGCAGGAUCUGAAACUUAUUCAUGACACUUUGGUUGAAGCUGUCAUCAAGCGUCUUAUGUCUGACGCUCCUCUUGGAAUCCUGCUUUCGGGUGGACUUGACUCGAGCCUUGUCAGCGCAAUAGCUGCUCGUGAAAUGACACGCCGUGGACUGGUAGUACAUUCGUUCUCCAUUGGAGUCGACUAUAUGUCACCCGAUAUCAUAGCUGCUAGAAAAGUAGCCGAACAUAUCGGAACCCAUCACCAUGAAUUCCACUUCAGCGUGCAGGAUGGUUUGAAGAACCUUCGCAACUUAAUAUGGCACCUCGAAACAUACGAUGUUACCUCCAUCAGAGCUUCAACGCCCAUGUUCUUUCUUUCGGAAAGCAUCAGACAAAUGGGCAUAAAGGUUGUGCUUUCUGGAGAAGGAGCAGAUGAGAUUUUCGGCGGAUAUUUAUACUUCCACAAUGCUCCGGAUGAUGACGAAUUUCAAAAAGAAACCAUUGAUCGCGUCCUACACCUAUUUACUGCUGAUUGUCUCCGUGCAGACAAGUCAACAAUGGCCCAUUCUGUAGAAGUUCGUGUUCCAUUCCUUGAUAAGGCAUUCCUGGAUGCUGCCAUGUUGACAGCAGCCAAAUACAAACGUCCACAGUCGCUCAGCGGACGGAAUGUAGAGAAAUACCUACUUAGAAAGGCUUUUGAUACCUACCUCCCACAUGAAAUCCUGUGGAGGCAAAAGGAGCAAUUUUCUGAUGGAGUAGGAUACUCAUGGAUCGAAGAGUUGAUAGAGUUUUGUGCUCAACAGGUUACUGACGAAGAGUUUUCUAAAGCAGAAGAGCUUUUUUCUUACAAUACACCUCAUAGUAAGGAAGCAUUCUACAUGAGAAAAUUAUUCCGCGAGAUGUUCCCCAGUGACAAUGCGGCGAAAACAGUCCGGAAAUGGAUUCCAAAAUGGCAAGCCAAUCAGGAUCCCUCGGGUGCGACUUUUUAUCUUUUUUGA